AUGUCUACAGAGUCAAUGAGUCGUGACCGACCCGAUAUCUUAAACACCGUCAACCUUGUUACGCAAUACAGUGGGCUGGGGCUGAGGAUUAUCCUGUUCAUGGGCUACUGCGCCAUUGCCAUUGUUGUCGGCAAGUACGGUGGCGGUUACCACUACACCGACGUCUCCUCGACUGAUAUGACGCUGUUUCGCAAAUUCUGCUACAUCGCAACAGUCCUCUACUGCCCGAUGGCGUUACUCACAAAAAUCGCCCUGUUAUCGAUCCUCGUGCGCAUCUUCUCCCCCUACAAACACCGUGUGCGGUUCAUCUACGGCUUCCUCGCCGCAAUCACUAUCUACUAUGUGAUCGCGGAAAUCGUCAAGAUUCGCAUGUGUGAUCCUGUCCCGGGGUACUGGACGCUUGAUCCACAUGCGAAAUGUCUGGACCAGCGCGCGGCGCUCAUCGCCGACAGCGUGAUCAGCAUGGUCUCCGAUAUACUGAUUCUGGUCUUACCGCUGCCGUUGACGUGGUCGUUGCAGAUGUCGCGGAACAAGAAGUUGCGAGUCGUUGGUAUGCUCUCCGCUGGUGGUCUUGCGACGGCGUUCAGUAUCUAUCGUCUUAUCCUUGUUCUGCGCGAUGGGAGUUCGCCAGAUAUAACCAUCUUCUUCGUCUGCGUGAUUCUAUCCGGAAACGCCGAAGGAGGCGUGGGCCUAAUCUGCGCCUGCCUUCCGUCACUAAACAUCCUGAUCGCCAAGGUGCGCAACCACAGUUACCGCUCGAAAUACGGAUACUACGAGCAGCAAAGCGGAGACGUGCAGCUGUCCAAGGUCAAGGGCGGCACAAAGAAUGGGGCGUCGGUAAAUCUGUCGCGUCGGGAUCCCGAGGAGCAGGACUUUGUGUCGGAUGAGAGCGGCCUGAUCAGCCACGCGGGAGCCGCGGGGGAUGUUGCUGUUGUUGAUCGUCAUGGAGAUCCAGCUGGGAGGAGGAGUAAAGGAGGGAUUCACAAGACGGUGGAUGUGCAGCAGACGGUGGAAGUUUUGGCUGGACGUGUGCAGGCGGGGAAGAAGGGUUCAACGUACUGAAUUGAUAUAUAAUAUAUUAUGCCUAAAUAGGUAUGGGAUGGCUUGGUUUGGAUUGGAUUCAUUCGGGUUUGUCCGGGUUUGGGUUGUGGUAUUGUAUAUUCUAAUUAGAUGUUGGAAGGAUGGUUAUCUGGAGUGAGUUCAUCAGGCCUGGAGUGAAGUCAGGGACUUCGCCCUCACUAUUGCUAUAUCUCCAAGAUCUGAUUA